CACACCAACCACGUCAUAGCCACACCUUAACCUCAUUAAUAUCUCAAUACUUUCUUCACUAUAUAUAUAUUCCAAAUGAAAAUCAAUAAGCCACCAAAAUGAGAAACCUACGAUUACAAAGAACUUUCACAAAAGAAAAUGACACAAUUGGUCAAAUAAAACCAAAGGGUCGUUGCAAAAACCACCCAAAACACAACCAAUCACCUGGUGUUUGUUCUCUUUGCUUGAAUGAAAAGCUUAUUCAACUUUCUUCUUUUGGUUCACAUAGAAGAACAAGAACCUUUGUUGCUAAUAUUAAUGAUGGUUCUAAUUCAAGUUCUUAUGUUUCUUCAUUGUCUUCAUCUUGUUACUCUUCAUCUUCCGUUUCUUCUUGUGCUUCUCCUUUGCAUUGUUUUUGUUUUAAUAGCGAGGGAAAAAGAAGCACCUCUUUAUCUAUCUUUUUGCUUAGUGGUCAACAUGAAAUCAUAAAGAGCAAGUCGUUUUCAAGAAGAAAAGAUGUUAUGCAUGGAAAUAAAAGAUCAUGUGGAUUUUGGUUCAAGUUUUUUGGUGAUAAAAGAAAGAAAGUUGAAGGAACCUAAAGAAAAUAUAUAGGUUCGUUCUAUGUGUAUAGCAUUAGAGAAACGAUGACCUUAGCAAGCAGAAAUUGACCAUGACCAUUACUUUAAUUGUUUAUUAUCAUUAUCAUGCUUAGAAUAUAAUUUAGAUUAUCUAAAAUAGUGUUACGAUAUUUUUUUUUUAUUUUUGUGAAUAUACUUUUUGUAAAUGUUAUUUUAGCGUUAUUUACUUUUUUUAAUUUGUGCC